AUGACGCAUCCAGCCAUAGGUGUGCUCACCACAAUGAGGAGUCCGAAUAAUGAUUCCGAGUAUGACUAUUAUGGUGCUGAUCAUGAAUACACGAUCACCGAAGAGCUCUAUGGCAAAGAACUGACAUACGACACAAAGACCAUUGCUCGGAUUCUCACCGUUUUCAUCUACAGCUUCACUUGCCUCCUGGGUUUAGUGGGCAAUGGAUUGGUCAUCGGAAUCAUUGUGUUCAAGAUGAAGAAGUCAGUCAAUGCCAUCUGGUUCCUCAACCUGGCUGUCGCCGACUUCUUGUUCAACGUCUUCCUGCCGCUGACGAUCAGCUACACGGCCCUGGGCUAUAACUGGGUGUUUGGCAGAGGCAUGUGCAAAGUCAACUCCUUCCUCCUCAUUCUCAACAUGUACACCAGCAUAUUCUCGUUGGCUACCAUCAGCAUUGACCGCUGCAUCUCAGUCGUUUUCCCGGUCUGGUCCCAAAACCACCGAAAUCCUAAAAUUGCGUACUUACUGUGUCCCCUUAUCUGGAUGCUCGGCAUCUUAACGAGUUCCCCCUCCCUUGUUUUUAGGGACACUGAAACACAUCCCUACAGAGGCAACAUCAUUUGUUUUAACAAUUACUACUUGCCCAAUUCUCCAAAUGAUCACUAUCUACAUGACAUGAGACACAUAACGGUAAAUGUCACGAGAUUCCUGGCUGGGUUCAUCAUGCCAAUGACCGUUAUCACAGUUUGUUACGUGAUCAUCAUUUUCCGGCUAAGAAGGAACCGCCUCGCCAAGUCCAAAAGACCUUUGAGAAUAAUUGUUGCUAUCAUAAUGACCUUCUUCUUAUGCUGGUGUCCCUACCAUGUCUUCAACCUUCUGGAAACGCAACACCACUUUGUCGUCGGUCCUGUGUUAGAGAUUGGGUUGCCUAUCGUGACCGCCAUCGCUGUGGCUAACAGUUGCAUGAACCCCAUUCUUUACGUCUUCAUGGGCCAAGAUUUCAAAAAGUUUAAGGUGACCCUCCUGUCCAGAAUGGUAAAUGCACUGAGCGAGGACACUGUUCACUCAUCUCUCCCCCGCAGGAGCUUCACGAAAGCCUCUUCCAUGACAGAAAAAGAGACUAUGUUACUCUGAGG